AAUGAAAAUAGAAAUUAUGAAAUAAAUAAACAUGGCGUCACCAAGGCCUAAGUCACCUCGCCCUCCUGUUUCUGCUGGCAAAAAUGAUAAAGAAGAAACAUUUUGGGUUAAAAUAGGAACUAUUGGACGUAAAAAGAAGAUAAAGGAAGUCCAAGAGGUUCAAGAAGAAGGGAAAUAUGCCAUUGACUCUCCAGGGAGCCCAACGGCUACAGACAUUCCUCCUGAGGAGUAUGACUUGGAGGAGAAUGAAGAAAGGGCGAUGAUUGAGCCUCGCUCUUAUGACAACCCGAAACUGCAAGAGCUAAUGGCUGUCCUGGUAGAUUGGAUCAAUGAUGUUUUGGCAGAUCAUCGAAUCAUCGUCAAGAACCUUGAGGAAGAUCUAUAUGACGGUCAAGUUCUUCAGAAACUUUUGGAGAAGCUCUCUGGAGAGAAACUGGAUGUUCCUGAGGUUACUCAGUCAGAGGAGGGCCAGAAACAAAAACUGGGAAUUGUGCUUGCAGCUGUCAACAGAGUGCUGGGACAUCCAAGAUGGUCGCAGCAGAAGUGGAGUGUAGAAAGUGUCCAUUCCAAGAACAUCAUCUCAAUCCUCCAUCUAUUGGUAGCCCUGGCCAGACACUACCGAGCUCCGGUCAGGCUGCCAGAGAAUGUGGCUGUGGGAGUGGUCGUUGUCCAGAAGAAGGAAGGAUCUCUGAGCCACCGUACCAUCAGUGAAGAGCUGACUAGUACUUACGAUGACCUGGGAAUGAGGUGCGAGAGAGAUGCUUUUGACACUCUCUUUGACCAUGCUCCAGACAAGCUGCAAGUUGUUAAAAAGUCAUUGGUGACGUUUGUGAACAAACACUUAAACAAGGUAAACCUGGAAGUAUCAGAUCUGGAUACACAGUUUCAUGAUGGUGUCUACCUCACACUGCUGAUGGGGUUGUUGGAGGGUUUCUUUGUACCUCUCUACAGUUUUCAUCUCACACCCCAGGACUUCGACCAGAAGGUGCACAACGUCAGCUUUGCCUUCGAGCUCAUGCAGGACGUGGGGCUUGCAAAACCUAAAGCCAGACCUGAAGACAUUGUAAACUUAGACUUGAAGUCCACACUGAGAGUGUUGUACAACUUGUUCACUAAGUACAAGAAUAUCAGCUGAAUUCUAUGCUCCGAACAUUAACGAACAUAUUUUAACACGAGUCUCUUUUUAACCUGUGUAACUGCCAUUAGUUUAAUUUUUAUUUAUUUGUGCUUGUAAUUUGUGUUUGAAGUGUAACUUUAAUAACUAUCUAUAAAUUAUUGAAUCAACUGUGCCUAAACAUGUGUCUAUAAAGACUCUUAUUAUUGAGGUUAUUUGAUAUGGAACCUGUACAAUUAUGUUAACACUUACUAAAACAAAUACCACUAAUUUAUGUUAAUUGUAAAAAUUUAAUAUUAGUAAAACUACAUGUUCUUUCCAUUAGUACUCACUAAACUAAGAAGGUGCUAGAUGCAUAACCAUGUACAAGGUAAAACUACUGCUGGAGAAGUACAGUACUUUUAGACAUUUAUUCAUAUUGUAGGUAGAAAGAGAAAAAAUCUUCUGUUAUGCCAAAAAUUUUACUGUACAAUCGUGGUCAUAUGGUGAGAACUGUAAAAAUUAAGUCCAUGUGUUUGUGUGAUUUUAAAAAUUAGCAUAUUAAAAAAAGUGUACUUUAGAGCAUGGGAUCGAAAGUACUUUAUUGACUAUGUUUUACAAGUUUAAUCACACUAUCUUUGUUUUCCACAUUUAAAGAUAAUAUCUUUGUUGAAUGCUAAAAGUGAAAUGAUUAGAAUGAUCAGAAGAACAAAUGCUAUGUUUAAAUUUAAAUACAAAAUAUACCUCUUAAAACAUUGAUUUGAGCUAUCAUGUUUAAAGCAUAGAUUAAAUUAAGAAACAGAGUAUAAAUAGUCUGUUAAUAAUAGUAAUAGUGAGUUACUUGUCCAGUAGGCAGAAGACAUAUAUUCAAGUUAUCUAAGGACUAUGUUUUUACAUACAUUCAUUUCAUGUUAGAUUUUAAGUUUAUAAGUGUACAUUCAGAUUCAUAUUUUCAUUAUUAUUAUUUUUAACAUAGACGCGAUAAAGUCCUGAUAUAAACACUCUCGGUGAAUGUGAAUAUUUUGGUUCUCCUAGAGCGCAAUAGACGACAAUCAUUGAAUGGAAUGUGAAACACAUGUGGGUACGUGCCAUUGUCUAUUGUGUUAUUUUACGUAGCUUGUAUUUACUUAAUGAGACAUGCUGACUUUGCUGCACCUGCGGAAAAUGUCAAAAUGUAAACUGUGCUACAUGUAAUGGAUUAUUCUCUGAUAAAAUUCUUAAUCUUUUUGAAUUAUUGGUGAGGAUUAGUACUGUCCCAACUUGUUGGCAAGGUAUAUUUCUUUAAAAGAAAACUUUUGGAUUUAUUACUUUUUCAGCCUGAAUAUAAAGUUUCAUGUAUUUUGAAAAUUUAGAAAGAUUAUAUAACUGUUGAAACUUAUUUUGGUGCAUGAAAAGACAAAUUACAAAUCGUGUAUUACAUUUUCACAUUUUGCAUUAAAAUUUCUUAGAUUUAAUAAAUUGAUAAUAUGAUGAAUUAUACUUCAACCGGCUUUACUCUUCAUCUUUAAUAUGCAAUUUCUUCAACACAACUUUCUUAUUAACAAAUAAAAAAUAUUAGAAAAGAAAUUAGCCUUAUAAAGACUCUUUGUUAAUUCUCACAAAUGUAGACAAAAACAUUGUUAUAUCACCAAUUACCUAUCAGUUAGCAUGUGAGAGAAGAGCCAACUCUAAAAUAUCCAUUGGUAAUGGAAAACAAAUCUGUGGCAAGUCUGUGGUUUUCUGUUUACUUUGACUGUUAUUUGAUCUAUUUAAGUGAGUUUUGCUAGGUUUUAGAUCACUUUCCUGGUUUAGAGCUGAUCCCCUGUACUUACAAGUUCCAAGAUAAAACAUUGAGAAAAUGUCAAUUUCACAUCUGCCUUAUAAGUGUUGCCAGCUUACUACUAGAAUAGAUUUGUUGUUAUUGUUGUUAAUAUUUUAAUUUGUAAUAUUGUUGCUUAGGACUCAAUAAGUGAUUUUAAAAUGAUUAAAUAGCAUACAACAGUUUAGUAUUCAUGUCAGAACAACUAUACUGGAGAUAUCCAACCGUAGCAGCUUCCAAUGGUCUUCCACAUUGCAACAAGCAGAUUGUGUAAUUGUUGCCAAACAUUAAACAAUAAACUAUCUCAAACUAUCA